AUGUUUUCAGCCGAGGAAAAGUUCCAGAUAACGAUCCGAUUGCAGCAUUUCUUUAUCAUCGGAUUGGAAAACACUCUUCAACUCCUAAAAGGCUAUGUACAGUUGCAAAUGCUUUGGGUCGACCCCCGGCUCUCGUGGGAACCCUCUGAAUAUGGAGGAAUUGAGAUGAUCUAUGUGACUUGUAAUAAGCUCUGGAUACCCGAUGAGGUCAUCGUUUCGAGCAUAUCCACUCAAGAGAUCUACGAUCACGUGCAAAAAGCGGGCGAUUGCAAGAUCUACGCAAAUGGAACAGUCGAGCAAGGGCGGACAUUGCUCGUCGAUUUGGUCUGCAUUAUGGAUAUCCAGAAAUUCCCGUUCGAUUAUCAGCAAUGUGGGCUGAGCUUUUCUUCACAGGUCUACCCUUGGCAUCACUAUAAUCUGAAAGGAGAGCUUUUCACGAAAUACAAUGUGUCGUGUAUGCGUGUAUCAUUCAACGUGCUUCUUCGUCGUCGUCCUCAUUUCUACAUUUAUGUAAUCGGCAUUCCUUGUUUCCUUUUGACUUUCCUUUCGGUGACUGGCUGCUUUUGGACGGCAAAUGUUAAAGAAGAGCAAUUGUCGAAGUUGGGCAUCGCUUUGACGAGCAUGAUGUCGAUGACGACUUUUGUCAACAUUAUUUCACAAGAGAUGCCAAAAACUUCGCACUUUCCUUUAUUAGGAAGCUAUGUGUUAACGUGUAUCUCGAUCACUUCGAUGGCCAGUUUGAUUCUCGUGAUUUUCCCCGAAAAGCGAAGGAUUCAAGUAGAGAAAAUUAAAAGUAUUUUUAUCGGAAUUCGCGGAUUUUCGUGUCCAACAGGAUCAUUUCAAUCACCUAAUGAAGAUUUGUGUAUCUAUGCGAUAAGUGACGUUGAUUUCUACAGCGAUGCCGUGCAGCAAUGCAGCCGUUUGGGCGGAAAUGUCGUGAAAAUCAAGAACAUUUUCGAGAACGCCUUUUUGUUGGGGCUGAUUGGAUCAAUUUUUCCUGCCGGACAAGCACCGUACAUUGGAGUUGUGAAACUGUCAAAUGGGACUUGGGUGUAUUCAGAUGGGACUCCACUUAUCUAUGCAAAUUGGGCUCCAGGUGAACCAAGUGACGCGCAAGGGUUGACAAGUGCAGUGAUGGAUCCCCAGUCGGGCCGAUGGAAAGCCGCCGAUCCAACAGCACUCCGACCAUUCUUUUGUGGAGUUGAUGGGGAUUUGUUCCAAUGUCCGAACAACUGGAACUACUUCGAGGCCACUGAUUCGUGUUAUUAUUUGCAGAAUUUCACCGCCGCUGAUGAGGCCAAUUUCACGCUUUACCUCUGGCCUGACGCGGAGAAGCUUUGCGUGAACGCUGGUGCACAUCUCGCAUCGAUUCACUCGAAAGAGGAGAACGAUUUUGUGUCGGGUGAGUGUCUUCGA